UGUGACACUCCUGUGCGGCUGCGAUUGCUUGUCAGCGGAUGUCUGACUGCAACACCGGCCAUCACACCAGGAUUGUUUGUAAACACGACAUCUAACCCCCAGGAACCACGCCAUAUCACAGCACCACCGCGUGAAAGCUCCCAUGACCGCCCGAAAUCAUCGCGCGCAAUCGAGCGCCUCCGUCUCGGUCCGCAGCGCAAUCAACGCCCGCCCAACCAGUAGCGCAUCUACCACGAGCCGCCAUUCGUUCGACCAGCACGACCUACAAGCCCAAUUCCAGCGCAACCAACACCAGCCCACUCCACCGGCCGCCGCCUUCAAUCAGCAGCUACAGUACAACCAAUCAUUUGCCGGUCCGCUUCUCCAGGCCGCUCAGCAUGUUUCUCAGCAAGAAAAUGUGUCCAUGGACCCGGUCCACCAGCUGGUGGGCUACGUAGGAGACGGACAGACCGGCAUGGGUCCGACUCACGGCUUACCCCUCCAGCACAUCGACCCGAACGCACACCAGUCCUUCCAGUCCACACAGUCGCAACCCCAGCAGUAUGCGGUAGAGCAGCAGCAGUUUGUGGCAACGCCCGUCGACGUGGAUGACAAGAAGAAGAAGGCUGGAGGGCCCACUGCUCAAAAUGACAAGGAGCUGCGCGAGAUGCUUCGCCACAACAUGGGCCGUAAGCUGAAGGAGGUCGCUGCAGAGGUGCUUGCUACAGAUCGCACGUCAAGAUCGGAGAAGUCGAAGCAGCUCUUCGCUAUGCUCUGGCUGCAGCAAGCAUGCACCAUCGGAAAGACGUCAGUACCGCGGAAUCGCGUUUUCUCCAAGUACGCAAGCCGAUGCGCUCACGAGCGGGUGGUGCCUUUGAACCCCGCUUCUUUUGGAAAGCUGGUGCGCGUCAUCUUUCCCAAUAUCCAGACUAGACGCCUUGGUGUUCGUGGAGAGUCCAAAUACCACUACGUGGACCUGGAGAUGGUCGACGAUGACGAAACUCAACCACCGCGCCAAAUGCCCCGAGUCCCGGCUUCGCGAAAUCCCCUAAAGCGGCACGAUUCCACCGCUUCGCAGCCACGCAUGUCCACCGACACUGCCGCAUUUCCUUCUCAACAUCAGCAGUCUUACUCGACGACGAAUUACUAUCCACAAAACUCGUCCAAGGGUCGCUGCUAUGCCGACAUUCACUCGCCGCAAACUGCAGGGUACGAGUACGAGCUUCGGUUCCCUACUCCGGAGCUUCUCAACAACGUGGAAGGAGAUCCUUUGGAAAUUGUCAUGCCUGACGUAUCGCCGUAUCUUCCGGAAGGAACAGACCCAGAUGCGUCGGAAGCACUCGUUGCUUUGUAUAAGAGCCACAUCACUUCGCUCGUAGAUGCCGUGCGAUUUUGCAAGGAGAAGCAAUUCUUCCGGCUAUUCACUUCGUUCCAAGGUACCUUGACUGUACCGGUCGCGAAGCUUUUCGCCAUGGAUAAGCUCAGCGCGUGGAUCCGCGAGUGUGACUGGAUGAUGUAUCAGAAAAUGAUUCGCAAUGUGGCCCAACUUACCCUCCAGGUCGCACCCGCGCCAGUACUGAAGUUCCUCGAUAACGUCUGGAAGCUGCUUCAUUCCCACAUCAGCAAGGCCUUUCACAACUUGCCUUCCACCGUCCUUGCUGCACGGCUGGAGCCUGCGACUGUCUUCUCACAUCUUCUCAGACAGAUGCUCCGCGUCAACUCCACCGCCCACGCCGCUGCUGUUAUGUUGACGGUCGACGAAAACCGUGAUCGCAUGUGGGGCGAUUAUCAAGCAUAUGUUAACAUCAAGCGCAUCAUGGAGAACGAGCUGCCUCAUUCGUGCAACCACGAGUUGGUGGCCGAGAUCCUUUCGAAGGAAAUCCGCGCAAUAUUCCUCCCGCUCAAGUCUGAGAUGUGGCUACCUGACGGAACGUUCUAUCAGAUCUCAACCCCAGAUCCGCCCGUCGAUAUCUUGCAAGAGACUGUCAUAGACCGAAUUGCAGCAUUCCUUACGAGACUCCCAUCUCGCUUUCCGGAUCUUUCAGCACGCACAGUACUCCACACCUUGAAUGCAAUCAGCACAGCCGUUCUCCGCGAGAUUACUGUCGAGAACGGACCGAGCUUCCAAGGUUGGUGGUUGACCAAAGUGUUUGUCGACGAGAUGGCCAUCUGGCUGGCAUCUUUGGGCGGUUUCCUCUCACACCAGUUCUCAGCUCCCGACACCGCUUCUCCCGGAAUACUAGGAGAGUCCAUGAAUGCUGGCAUGGCCACUGGCAGUAGCGGCAGUCAAGAUCAGAGCCGAUUUGGCAGCGAAGAGUUCGGUACUGGCGCAUCCUUUAUGGGAGGCAAUGGGAGUGCUUCCAUGCAUGGACCGAGCAUGUCUCAGCCAGACAGCCAGCACCGACAGAUGACUGCCGCACAAGCUUUUGACCUAGAGUUCGCUCUCUCCCAAGACGCCGGUCUUGAUGACAGUGGAAUCAAUCUUGACGACAACAUCGAAGCGAAGUUUGCCGCCGCCAUGCAACAAUUCCCUCCUGUGUCUCAGAUGCCUGCGUGAGAGACUUGAUCCAUCGAAGCCUUUGCAUAAUUCGACUUUCGCAUUCAUGUUUCUUCGCGAAGGCCUUCCUGUUCAGUGCGAGGUCAGAGAGUGCGCAACCCCAUGUUCGGUGCUUGCACUUCCUGCAAUGCAACCGAUUCCUCAAGAACCGGUCCCACAACAUACCUUUUCGGGGAUAUUCUUGUG